AGAAGAAGAAGAAGAAGAAGAAGAAGAAGAAGAAGAAGAAGAAGAAUGGCGUUGAAAUUUCUGAACAAGAAGGGAUGGCACACAGGGGGCCUUCGGAACAUAGAGAACGUGUGGAUGGCAGAGCAAAAGCACAAGGCCGAGCAGAAGAAGUUGGACGAGCUCCGCAAACAGAUCGUUGAAGAGCGCAAGAGUGGAUUGGCCAUUGGGAGCCCUGUUGGUUCCGAUAGUUUCAAAACCCUUGAAGCCUUACCCAAGACCAAAGACGCGCCUUCCUCCUCUGCCGCCUCCAAGCAGCAGGCAUCAGCAUCUGUGUCGGGAGCUCUGUUCGAAGAAAAGCCUCAAUCUGCCAAUGAUGCUUGGAGGAAGCUCCACUUGGAUCCUUUGCUUAUGAUUCGGCAGCGUGAGCAGGAAGCCCUUUCUCGUAUUAAGAACAAUCCUGUCCAGAUGGCCAUGAUUCGCAAUUCUGUAAGUUUGUAUUUUUUUACUUUUCUCUUGCUCACUAAUCAAGAAUAAAUUAGUUAUGCCAGACAGCAUAGUUAGACAUGACUUGAUGAUUUCGAAGUCUGCCAAUUGUAUAAAAUUCUACCUCUCAUAGACAUACAAAAAAAAUAAAAUAAAAUUCUGUAGAUAUAAAAAUAUGUUCACCGGCGCCAUUUUGGUGUGCUGCGUAGGUUUUAGGACCUGAUUGGGGAAUCAUGAUGUCUGAUAUGUGGAAGAAAAAGUAGUUUAUUGAGAAAAUUAAUGAGUUGGAAGUGGAAGAAGUGUGUAUGAAGGCGGGCUGCGAAGAAGAAAAAUGAUGUAACUGUCUCAGAGAGGAUGUAAGUUUGAAGAAAAAAAACAGGGAGAAGAAGAAGAAAGAGUAUAGCUAAGACCAGAACUUUUCAGUGUUAACUAAAUGCUCCCUCCAGAGGGCAUUUCUGGACCAACUAUUCACGGGGAGCUGAUGCAGAAGUUAAAGGUGUUAAUGGAAUUAAAUUAACUUGAUUGUAGUAAUGGGGUAGUUUUUAUUUAAGUGAUGCAGCCGUGGCUUGGUUAGACAAGACUUGUUAGUUACAGAAGCCUCUUAUUCUGAGGAAGAUCUUUUUGUCCCUUGGAUCAUGACCUCGGUAGAUCUAUAAGUCUUCUCUAUUUCUUUUUAACUUGAGUAAAUAAUUAGAGUUCUUCUAGCUGUAACUUCAAACAGCUGUAGCUGGGUUUCUGUUCUUGUGGCAUGGCUUGCACCCACGGUUUACAACACAAUAGCAUUUUAUUACUAAGUUUUUUUUGGGUCUUUUGCUGAGUUUAUCAGGGUUUUAGUAGAUGUCCAUGAUUAGUUUAAGAGAAUGUUUGGCGUGUAUAUGCUAAUCAAAUUUUUUUUUUUUUUUUCAAUAAAAGGUUGAAGCAAAGAAACCCGCAGAGAAACUGCAUGACAAGAAGGAACAUUAGAAGAAGAAGCACCCUCAAAGCAUAGCAAACAUUCAUCAUCCAUACAAGCAUCAGAUUCAGAAAAUGACACUGUGAAAAUACCUGUAGGAUAUCUAUAUAUGCCUGGAGAAAAUUAAACAAGCUAAUUCGAAUUUUUUGCAAUAAAUAACGAUCAACCUUUG